AUGACGCAUCAAAGCCAAAAAAAACUGACGUCACAGUCCGAUGACGAAAAAAAAAGAGAAAAAGAACACGACUGCUAAGCUAGCUAGCUAGCUAACGUUAGCUGUCUAAACAAAAGCUACUUUGUAGUUAUCCUACCUGGUGUUUAGUGUUGUGUACACACGUGAGAGUAAACUGAAGAUUAGAGAGGCUCACCCGGCGAUGAGGAAGAUGACCCGGAGCGGCUCCCCGGCGAUGGUGAAGAGGAAGAGCGCUAUGGCGGGUCCGAAGGCUAUGAAAGAGCCGAAGAACACCGAGGCCGUCAUCGUCAUGGUGACGCGAGCCGCCUUGUGUCGGCUCCGUAAACAAAGGUUGCCCCUCAGAUCCAUGGACCAGCAGAGCGGCCAGUAUGGCGCCGGCCGACAUCUGCACCCGCUUCAGGACCGGCUUCUUGAGCCUUCAGGGCCCCAGAGGAUGAACACCAGCCUGGAGAGUUACAGGAUCCAGACGUAUGCCGAGUACGUCAAGGGCAAGCAUCAGAACAAGGAGAAGCUCGGCCAGACGCCCAAAUCUUGGGGGGAGGACGGCUGGAGGAAGCCUCACUACGCCUCAGCUACUUCUGCUGCUACUUUUGGAUACCCCCGGGGUCUGCGGAAACGCAGCAUCAGUCCCGUUCAGGGUUCCGCAGAUGCGCCGGUCACAGACGGCUGGAGUAACUACUCGUACCCGGAUAGCGCAGGCAGCAAGAAGAUGAAAACGGAUGGUGUGUACUCUGCGUGUUCCCACACAGCCGACGGCUUUAGAGAUUCAAUGUGCUCUGGGUGACAAACAUAGCUGGAGACGUUUACAAAAUGUACAUUUGGAUAACUUUGUAGCUGUCGUCAUUUGAGCCUGAAAUCAUCGUAUUUUACAAAAACAAGUUUCUUCCAGUUGUGAUUUUUUUUUUUUUUUCUUUAUCUGUAAAUGUUCCUUUGCUUUGUCAAUUAUAACCCACCGGUCCUUUUUUAUUAUUUCCUCCCCCAUAGGUCUUUGUUUUAAAGUUACUUGGUGUUACAUGGAGUGCAUCCCUUCUCGCCAAGUAAAAGCUCAUAAGGUGUAUAAAGAGGACUAAUUUAGCUUGUCAUUGU